AUGAAACCAUUAGCAGCGUCAGACAGCAAUGGAGUCCCGAGCCAGCAAGAUAAAACCCCGCUCCCCGCAGACUUCAGCCGACUUCACCUGGCCGACGGCUUGCACCCACAGGUGACCCACGUCUCCUCCAGCCACUCAGGAUGUAGUAUCACCAGCGACUCUGGAAGCAGCAGCCUGUCAGACAUUUACCAGGCCACAGAGAACGAACCCGGUGACAUGGACCUGAGUGGCCUGCCGGAGACCGCUGUGGACUCCGAGGAAGAGGACGAUGAGGAGGAUAUCGAACGAGCGUCGGACCCCCUCAUGAGCCGGGACAUUGUGCGUGACUGCCUGGAGAAGGACCCGAUGGACAGAACCGAUGAUGACAUAGAACAAUUACUGGAGUUCAUGCAUCAACUGCCAGCAUUUGCAAACAUGACCAUGUCAGUGAGGAGGGAACUCUGCGCCGUCAUGGUUUUUGCUGUAGUGGAACGCGCCGGCACCAUCGUUCUCAACGAUGGAGAGGAGUUGGAUUCCUGGUCGGUGAUUCUGAACGGUUCGGUGGAAGUCACGUAUCCAGACAGCCGGACGGAGAUCCUGUGCAUGGGGAACAGCUUUGGGGUGUCACCGACCAUGGAGAAGGAAUACAUGAAGGGUGUGAUGAAGACCAAGGUGGACGACUGCCAGUUUGUGUGUAUAGCCCAGCAGGACUACUGCUGCAUCCUCAACCAGGUGGAGAAGAACAUGCAGAAGGUGGAGGAGGAAGGUGAGAUCGUCAUGGUGAAGGAACACCGGGAACUGGAUCGCACCGGCACCAGGAAAGGACACAUCGUAAUCAAGGGCACACCGGAGCGUCUCACCAUGCACCUAGUGGAGGAGCACUCAGUGGUGGACCCCACGUACAUCGAGGACUUCCUGUUGACCUACAGGACCUUCCUCUCCAGCCCCAUGGUCGUGGGCAAGAAGCUCCUGGAGUGGUUCCAUGACCCCAGUCUCAGGGACAAGGUUACACGGGUAGUCUUGCUGUGGGUAAACAAUCACUUCAAUGACUUUGAGGGUGACCCUGCCAUGACUCACUUUCUGGAGGAGUUUGAAAGCAAUCUGGAGAAAGAAAAAAUGUGUGGGCACCUCAGACUGUUAAAUAUAGCAUGUGCUGCUAAAGCCAAGCCGCGGCUGGUGACGCUGACCAAGCCGUCCAGGGACUCCCCUCUGGCGUUCAGCUUGCUCGGAGGUCAGGAGAAAGGUUUUCGCAUCUUUAUCGAUGCCGUGGAGUCUGGGAGCAAAGCUGCGGAAGUCGGCCUGAAGCGUGGAGAUCAGAUCUUAGAGGUCAAUGGGCAGAACUUUGAGAAUGUCCAGCUCAGCAAAGCCAACGAGAUUCUGAAGAACAACACACACUUGUCCAUAACUGUGAAAACAAACCUCUUGGUGUUCAAAGAUCUUCUAACGAGGCCUGAACACGACCACGACUUGGACGGCGAGGAGGAACACGACAGAAAGAACGGGGCGCCACACCUGCCGAAGAUCGGAGACAUCAAGAAGGCCAGCCGCUACUCCAUCCCCGACCUGGCGGUGGACGUGGAGCAGGUGAUGGGCCUGGAGAAGGUCAGCAAGAAGGCGAAGAGCAACUCGGUGGGAGGACGCAACAAGCUGAAGAAGAUCUUUGACAAGACGCUCACCAGCAUCCUGCCUCCUAAACCAUACAAUGACGUUUGCGUGGGCCAAUCGCAGGACGACAGCAUCGUGGGGAUGAAACAGUCCAAACAGAUCCCACCGGCUCUGCCCGUCAGCGGAAACCUGUCGUCGUCAAACCCCGACCUGCUGCAGUCACACCACCGCAUCCUCGACUUCAACAACCAGCCAGAUAUGUCUGACCAGGUAUUACGAGUCUUCAAGGCCGACCAGCAGUCUCGGUACAUCAUGAUCGGGAAGGACACGACGGCGAAGGAGGUGGUGGCCCAGGCUAUCAGGGAGUUUGCCCUGACGGCAGCAGCGGAGGCUUAUUCGCUGUGUGAGGUGUCCGUCACGCCAGAGGGCGUCAUCAAGCAGAGGCGAUUACCAGACCAGCUUUCUAAACUGGCCGACAGGAUCCAGCUCAGCGGCAGAUAUUACCUGAAGAGCAACAUGGAGACGGAGACGUUAUGUUCAGACGAGGACGCCCAGGACCUCCUUAGAGAAGGCCAGAUCUCUCUGUUGCAGCUCAGCACGGUGGAGGUGGCCACUCAGCUCUCGAUGCGGGCUUUUGAACUGUUCUGUGCCAUCGAGCCCACUGAGUACAUCGACGACCUGUUCAAGCUGCGCUCCAAGACGGGCUCGUUCAGCCUGAAGCGCUUCGAGGAGGCCAUCAAUCACGAGACCUUCUGGGUGGCCACGGAGGUGACGCGGGAGCCCAACCAGCUCAAACGCAUGAAGACCGUCAAGCACUUCAUCAAGAUCGCCCUGCACUGCCGCGAGUGCAAGAACUUCAACUCCAUGUUUGCCAUCAUCAGUGGUCUGAACCUGGCUCCGGUCUCCAGACUGAGGGGAACGUGGGAGAAGCUACCGAGCAAGUAUGAGAAGCUGUUCGGGGACCUGCAGGACCUUUUUGAUCCUUCCAGGAACAUGGCCAAGUACAGGAAUGUCCUCAACAAUCAAAACCUCCAGCCGCCAAUCAUCCCCUUGUUCCCCGUCAUCAAGAAGGACCUCACCUUCUUACAUGAAGGUAACGACUCUAAAGUGGACGGCCUGGUGAACUUCGAGAAGCUGAGGAUGAUCGCCAAAGAAAUACGCCAUGUUGGUCGCAUGGCGUCCGUCAACAUGGACCCGGCCCUCAUGUUUCGGACGAGGAAGAAGAAAUGGAGAAGUUUAGGCUCUCUAAGCCAGGGCAGUGCCAAUGCGGCGGUGCUGGACGUCACUCAGACGGGCGGGCACAAGAAGCGGGUGCGUCGCAGCUCCUUCCUGAACGCCAAAAAGCUUUACGAGGACGCCCAGAUGGCCAGGAAGGUCAAACAGUACUUGUCCAACCUCAGCCUGGAGGUGAACGAGGAGAGUCUGCAGACGCUCUCGCUGCAGUGUGAACCCUCCAUCAGUACGCUGCCCAAAAAUGCCGGUGGGAAACGGCCAGACACCUCCCCGGUCGUGUCCAGAGCUGCCAGUCAACAGAGGGGGCAGUUGGCCAAAGGAAAUCAGGCUCUCCAGGUCCCUGCCGUGGCACUUUACCCAUCCCGAAAGAAAGUGCCAGUCAAAGAUCUACCACCUUUCGGCACCAGCUCUCCGCAAUCUCUGAAGAAGAUCCUGUCACUGUCGGAGGAGGCGAGCGACAGACACCGGAGGCAACCAGAGGACACAGUGUCCAACGCCUCCUCCCAGCUCUCCUCCCCUCCCACCUCCCCCCAGAGCUCGCCCAAGAAGGGUUACAACAGGAUGGGCGACGCCUACUCAGACUCUGGUCACAGUGAGAUCUCGUCUCGCUCCAGCCUCGUCAGUAACUCCUCCUUCGACAUGGCCCAGGAGGAGAGGAGGCUCCGUCACUCCGGAGGAGUCGGGGAGUCUCACAUCGUGGGAGCACGGCUGGAACGAAGAGCCACCACUGAACCCGACCAGUACAGCCUUGGGUCAUAUUCAUCGAUGCAGGACUGUCGGGGGAUUUACGCCGGCUGCCCCACGGUGCUCUCCUCGCCCAGCUCAGAGGAGCUAACUCAGGAUCAGGGCGACCGCGUUUCACUCGACGCUGCAGACAGCGGCCGCGGCUCCUGGACUUCGUGCUCCUCUGGUUCCCACGACAACAUCCAAACAAUGCAGCAGGGACGUAGCUGGGAGACUCUGGCCUUCGGUGGAGGCGGAGGUGGCAUCGUAGGGCUCCCCCCCGGCGGACCAGAGGCCUUUUUGGGAGGACCUGCAGCACUGUGGGCGGCGCAGGCCAGGGGGAGCUGGGCGUCCGCCAGCUCCUCGUCAUCCUCCGCCGCGUACUGGGGAGAGGACUCUGAGGGGGACACCGGCACCAUCAAGAGGAGAGGAGGGAAGGACGUCAAUGCUGACCCAGAAACAAGUAGCAUCACAUCCACCGGGUCAGAGGAGGCCAAGCAGCUUGGCCGGCCGUCUCCAUCACCCAUCACCGCUGGGGGUAAAGGCCUCAUUUCACGAAAAGAAGGCCGAUACCGUGAGCCUCCCCCUACCCCCCCUGGCUACACGGCCCUGACCAUCACCGACCUCGCGGAGGGACAGCAUCCGGCUCCGUCUGUCCCCACGACAACAGCGAUCCACUCGGGCCGCCGGCCACCCGACUACACAACGGCUCUGCAGCGCUCGCGCAUGGUCACCCAGUCCCCCGACUCCCACCAGGCCCAACAGGGGGCAAAACAGCGGUCAGGCGGCCUCCACCGCACCUGCUCGCCAGCCGAGGACCAAGAGCCCGAUGAGGAAGAGGAGGGUGAGUCCUUGUCUCCCAAACUAGUCGCUCUGAGGAAGCCAAAGCGAGUGGCACAACACACACCCGAGACUCCCAGACCAUGAGAGUGUGUGUACGGGGGUUAACAGGCAGGGCCCCUCCCCCCGAGGCAGAGGACGAACAGGUGUCCGCGGUGUGAGGGACCACAGUGGACGUCCUUUUGCAGUAACUUGAAGUCCCCCUGGUUCGGGGUGGGCAGGAUUAACAGAGACAGACCAAUAGACUUCAUCAUCAGUUACAUACGUGCCUGCCUCCUCCACUCGGUGGACUCCUCUGCUCGUCUCCCUCCCCUGCCUUAAAGCAUCAUGGGGGGUUGAAAGACCCUGCAUGCAAAAAAAAA